CAGAAUCCUCCGCGCUGCUUGAAGAAGGUGACAGGACGGUGAAAAUGGCGGCCUAUCUGAGCCACCAGCAGAAAGUCCUGCGGCUCUACAAGAAGUCCCUGAGACACCUGGAGUCCUGGUGUGUGUUCAGAGACAAGUACCGCUUCUACGCCUGCAUGCUGCGAGCUCGCUUCGACGAGAACAAGGAUGAGAAGGACAUGGUGAAGGCCACCAUGCUGCUGAAGGCGGGAGAGGAGGAGUUCUGGACCAACCAGCAUCCUCAGCCCUACAUCUUCCCCGACUCCCCCGGAGGGACGUCCUACGAGCGAUACGAGUGUUACAAGAUCCCGGAGUGGGUGCUGGACCAGUGGCACCCCUCAGAGAAGGCCAUGUACCCCGACUACUUCUCCAAGAGGGAGCAGUGGAAGAAACUGAGGAUGGAGAGCUGGGACAAAGAGGUGGCCCAGCUGGAGGCCGAGACGCCCGGCGACGGACCCAAGACCGAAGCCCUGCCCCCCGCUCGCAAGGAGGGCGAGCUCCCCCCUCUGUGGUGGCAGUACGUCACCCGACCCCGGGAGCGCCCCAUGUGAGCCCGGUCCUGACCCCCCCGCCCUGCCCCGCCCCGCCCCGCCCCGCGGCGCCGGAGGCCCAGAGCUCCUGUACAUGUUCCACUUAGUACCUCAAACUGUUCUAAUAAACACACAGAUCGAAGCCGGGUUCUCUCUUCUUCCA